AUGGAAGAAAGGCCGUUCCCUGCAUGGGCACGGUCUGUUGAGCAGUGCUUGAAAGAGUUCAAUGUGAAACUUGAUAAGGGUCUAAACACUUAUGAGGUUGAAAGGUGGCGUGAGAAGUAUGGAUGGAACGAGCUCGCCAAAGAAAAGGGAAAGCCCUUGUGGCGGUUGGUCUUGGAACAAUUUGAUGAUAUGCUUGUCAAGAUUCUUCUGGUUGCAGCCUUCAUAUCCUUUAUUUUGGCCUAUAUGCAUGGAAUUCAGCCUGGGGAGUCUGGAUUGGAGGCCUAUGUGGAGCCGUUAGUGAUUGUCUUGAUUUUAAUCCUUAAUGCUGUUGUUGGGGUAUGGCAAGAGAAUAAUGCUGAAAAAGCACUGGACGCACUUAAGGAGAUGCAAUGUGAAUCUGGAAAGGUUUUGAGGGAUGGGUACCUUGUGCUAGAUUUACCUGCAAGAGAGCUUGUCCCUGGGGAUAUAGUAGAGUUGCGGGUUGGGGAUAAAGUGCCGGCUGACAUGAGAAUUGCAAUUUUGAAAACCUUAACUUUGAGAGUUGAGCAGAGCUCAUUGACCGGAGAGGCCAUGCCUGUUAUGAAAGGCACCAGUCCUAUAUUCAUGGAUGACU